AUGGUUGAAGAGGAGAAAGGCGACGAGGAGUGGACGGAUGCAGAAAUGCACAGCCAAAAGCUCGAGCCAAAGGCAGGAAGUCAGCCAAACAAGAGGCAAAAGCACAGAGGCAGGAGGGUGCAUCAAGUUGAAGAGAGGAACGAGGAACGGAGGCGCGCAAAGCAGCGAAUCAGAGUCGAGCGUGGAGAGCGAAUGAACGGGAUGGUGGGUGUGGUGCUGGACCCAGGACCAAGGACCAAGAACCAAGAACCAAGAACCAAAAAGCCAGGAGGACCCGAGGACCCAAGGGCCAAGGACGGACUGGUGGGCUGGCAGGGACCCAAGGAACAUGAACCAGGUUCCGAGAACAGGGAAGAGGAGGGGAGGAGAAUGGGGGAAAUGGGGAGGCAUGGAGGGGAUGGAGGAUGGGGGAGAGUUGAGGAGGGCGACGAGAGUGAGGACUGGAGCCACAGACGAGCCAGAGACGACGCCAGAGAAGCCAGAGCAAGUGCCAGCGGGCCAACGGCAGGCAAACGAGAGCAAUCGAGAGCCAGGCAGAACUAG